UGCCAGCACUCAUGAAGCACAUGGCUGUUUCAAAUUCCAAGCACAUGGGGUCAACAGUAGCAAUUAUGUAACUGCCUGGCUAAAAUGACUGAUACACACUCAGCACAGGUGGUGUGAUGGAGGACAAGGGCAGGCUAAACCAAACGUAGAAGGGGAGGAAGAUAUUUUGUUAUCAAAUGUUACAUCUUGUUAAGAGAAAACCUAAAUAGUAAACUGGUUUUUGUCGAUAUAGAUAUCCCCCCUCUGUAUGACGGAUGGAGGGCAUCCCUGCCAAAAGCAGACCAUCGAUGGGUCUCCCGUGCUUUGUUUAAGCAAGGAGCUGCAGGGAGAGGAGAGAUCGAUCCCAAGAAAAUAACAAAGAUUUGGUGGUAUCCACCGCAGCCAGAGCUGAUGUGCACACACCCCCCACGUGUCGACAACUACUUCGCACAAAAACUCUUGCUAUGGUUGCCACGGAGACUGUGGAGAGUGAAGCUGUACUGCCCACAGCCCUUGUGCAUAAACAGGGAACUUACAUCGGCUGGACUAUAUCCACACAUUCGACAGGUAGUGGACAUUGACAGUAGGUACAACCUGGCAACGGAGUACUUAGAAUGCAGCCACUGCAGACGUAAAGUCAUUAGCUGGAGUGAUGACAUUCUCAAGCAAUUAAGUGUCCCUCAGCAGACACAGUUUCCUGUCAUCCUCACCUACAAGAAAGCCUGCGAUGUCAAGGUGAUCAGACUACUACGGCAGCGUGGACUAGGCAAUAGUGCAAGUCAGCUCCAGAAAAAGAUUCAUGAACAACACAGUGAGUCAUGGCUUAUGAAGACGGCUCACUACCUGUCCGACUGCAAGAUCUUUGUAGACGCUUCAAACCAGGGACUCAUCAGUAUGCCAAACCUAGAGGAACCAGUACCAUUUGUUGCGUUGCCACAGUCUCGGUGGUUUCAAACAGUAUACUGCAAAGAGGUUCUUCAGCAUCUGCCUGAAGUGAAGGCUGCGAUAACUUCGGUUUUUGGCAACGUGCUAAAGAUGGAUUCAACUAAGAAGAUUGUGAAGAAAUUGGCUGGCACUGGAGCACGGACAGCUUCCUGGGCUACAAAUGUUGGCAAUGAAUUUGGCCAAGUGCUCAUCAGUGUUAUGACAGCAAGUGAAGGCCAUGCAGGGCUGAAACCCAUGGUGACUGGCCUUGUUGAGAGGUACCGGUCAUCUGGCAUGACACCACCACAGCUGCUCUAUGUUGACCGGGACUGUUGUGGGAGCCAGUCGCAUUUGCGGACACUGUUUGGCGGAUGGCCUUCUUUGAUGAUUCGCCUUGACGUGUGGCAUUUUAUGAGGAGGAUUGCUACAGGCUGCACAACUGAUGCGCAUCAGCUGUAUGGGGUAUUCAUGGGACGGCUGUCCAACUGCAUCUUCGAAUGGAGUGCCAGUGACGUUGAACGUCUUAAAGUCGCUAAGAGAGGACAACUCCAAGGUCAGCAUGUCAGCGGGCUGUCAGAUGAUGACAUCAUCAAGCGUAUCACCAGGAAGGAACUAGCGCGUCACUGUCGUCGCCGAACGAGAACAGUUGCCAAUAUUGAAAAAUCGAUUCAUGAACUGCUGGUUGCCUUUCUCGGUAACCAGGGCAAGGACACACUUGGUGUUCCAUUGCUCAAAGCCGACAUGAUGAGGAAGAUAUGGGACACACAGAAAAAACACCUUGCGUGUCUCCAGGACCCAGAGGGACUCCAGCUAUAUGCUCAGACGGGCACAAUCAUGAAAGGUGGCUUCCAGCUCCCUGUGUACAGAUGUGCCAGAGGAUCAACAUCCUUGGAGUCAUUUCAUCUGCAUCUGAAUCGCUUCAUACCUGGUUCAACUGCAAAUGACCUCAACUUUCAAGCAUACCUUCUGGAAGGCCUUGUCAGGUGGAAUGAAGACAGAGCUCUGGCAGCAACAGACACCCCAGCUGGAGUUCGUUCCUAUGACGGUCUCUUGAGGCAAAGCGUAAAUGAGCUCGGGCAAACAGUGUUUGGGAAGAACUUUGGUGGCAGUUACACUGUACCUCAAAAGUACACAGGUGAGCUGAUAGGAAUGGAAUAUUUGUACCGCCAAACUGGGGAGGUUCUCGAGGACAUUGCCGAACAACCCAACACGGAUGAAGAUGACACUGGUGAAGAUGACAUUGGUGAUGACGACGAUGAUGAAGGAUUCUAUGCAGAUAGCUUUGAUGACCUGACAGUGCCAUCCCCUGACAGUGUUGCUCCUCAUCACACUUCUCCUCUCCAAGUGCGUCAACAACUCGCCCUUGAUAGUGAUGUUGCUUCAACAUCAGCCGAACCUGACAUCAAAGCGAUGCCACAUGGUCAAAAGUCUAGUGUGCCAUUAGCAGCAGUUGAUAUGCCAGCUAUGGAUACAACCUUCCAGGAAAUCCCCUUGCCCAGUGCUCCUACGUCGCCACCAGUAGAGAGUCCAGAAUCGACAUGUCCACCUGAAUCACACAACCCUGAUGAAUCUGUUGGACCUGACAGUAUUCCUGGGUAUGGAAGGGUGGACCAGCUAGCACAAACACUGUUCACACUGAAGGACCAAUCUGGACCUGUCACUUAUGUCCAAGCCAUGGAAAUUGUCAGACUGUGGAGAAGCCUUGAAGUAUACGACAAGAAACCAACUGUGUUCUCUCCUCGAUUCAAGGCAAAAAUAACUACAGGAAGAUUCAAGGUUUCCAAAACUACAGUUCAGCCAGGAGUUGAAAGCACAAAAAGGUGUUUCCUGGGUGAGAGCAGUGGACCAGCACAGUGGCCCGACUGCAACCGCUAUGUGGAGUCGCUCAUGUCAAAGCUCUGCGAGUGCUUCCCAUCGUCCACUCGCUCAGAAGGAAAACACACUCCACGGUGGACCCACAUAACUCGGGCGUACAAAAACAUCCGCCAGAAAGUCCUGGACAGUGCUAUCAUCAUGAGUGAAACAUCUCUGCAGCUGGUGGAUGUCAACAACACAACUCUCAUGCAGUGGUACAACAAGAAGAUGAAGAAGCAGGAGAAGGCUGUACUUAUGCAAGGCAUAACUCAUAAACCAGCGCCUCAUACUGCACCCGAUCCACUACCAGAGCCAGUGACAGGACCCCGCUUAAUGCCACAACCCAAGUCAAAUCAACCUCACGUUUUUGUAAUGCCAGCAAAUACAGCAGGACAGGCUAACACACGUGGGUAUGUCGCCCAGCCAAUGAUGUUUCAAGUUCUUGGACAACCAGCUGUUUCUCAGCCACUGCAAGCAGAACCCUCAACGAGACCAGCAAGUACUCUCUGGUAUCAGAAGCGUAAGGCAGAAAAAGAGGCAGCUGGACAGUUUUCAAGGAAGUAUGUAAAGAAAACUGACAAAAUAAUUUGUAGCAAGUGCCAGCAGCCACGGGAGAAAGAAACGCACAAACAGUAUUAUGGAAGUUGGUAUUGUGCUACCACAAGUGACAAAACUUAUGAUGAGUGGAAGGAGGGACUUCCAAGCUACCAAAAAAAAAACCGCGCACAAAACCCCCCAACCAGUGACGACUGAUCCUGGAAGAGGGUGCCUAUAGGGUUAAGCGGAGAAACAACUCUUGCCAACUAGCGGGAUGAUCGGCUAUAAAGUGACAAUGCCAUGCGUGUUGCAUCUGAGUGAUGUCACACAACCCAGAUGCUCGAACAUAAUCAAACACAUGGUUUUGGAACACUUGACUGCAUGGGUUGAAAGCGUUUAUGUGUAAAUAUUUGUCUGAUCAUCUGCGCAUCUAGACCAUGAGGGAGUGUGCUAUUACAGGGAGUUUGGUAUUAAAUUUUUUGCUUUAGCACUAAGAACAAACAUUGUUCAAAUAUCUUUCGCUUUUGCACUAAAGAGAUAUAGCCAGCUGGGGAUGGGAAGUAUCCUCCCUCUUCUCCAAUAUUUAGUAAAGACUGCCCUUUU